AUGAAUGUCGUCAACGGCAGCAUCCCCAACACUGGCGGCAGCAAUAGCUACAUUGAACCCUGCGAUGUCACAGUGUCUGAAACUCUCCGGAAGAUGGAGGUCCUCACCGCCUUCUGCACCAUGCUGCUCUUUUACCAGGUUCUCUUCGGCACUUACAGACGCCGGUACGCCUCCGAAAGCCUGGUGCACCGACUCCUCUGGCUUUCUUCCACCAUGUCCUACGGCGUCGUCGCCUUCACUCUCGGACUCAUGAACACAAGCAGAAGCUACCACGACCUUCUCGGUUUCUGGGCAGCUUACUUGCUGGUCUUGAUCGGCGGCGCCGACACUGUCUCCGCCUUUGAACUUGAUGACAUCGAGAAAAGGAAGGCCAAUUUCCUGUACUUCUGUGCUAAAUCUCUCCUUGCAGCUCAGAUAAUCGUCAACUAUCCUCUUUCCGGCAAGCUCCAAAUGGGUCCCUGGGUUCUUUGUGUUCUUGCAUUCACCAGAAUAAGAGAACUGGGGGCUGCCCAUCUCAACGUCAGUAGAUCGUUCGGGUUGGGCAAGCAAUCGAAGUUGGUGGCCGAUUACAUGAGGAACAUCGAGCCCCAUUUGAGCGCAGACGCAGAGGCCGAGCCUACCUCCAUGACAGGGUACAAGUACAUCUUCUACGGCGAGAAACACGCCGCCGGCGCCCGAAUAGGUCAGCCUCCUCCCCUCUACUUGAUCACCAUCGAUCAAGUUUGGCAGGCUCUGCACGGCAUCGGCGACCGGAUCCGUGACACCUGCUUGUCCUUCGCCCUGUUCAAGAUGAUCAAGAGAAGUCUCGCCGGGUUCGACAUGGCCGAGAAGGACGAGUCCAAGACCUGGAGGCUGGUUCGCGACGGCCUCCUUUCCAAGGAAGACGGCGAGAGAGCCUUCCGCGUCGUGGAGGUCGAGCUCGAGUUCUUGUUCGAAUACUUCUACACCAAAUACUCGCUCCUUCACUCCAGGGAGUUCAUCUGCAUAAGGAUUCCGGUCUCCCUCUCCGUCAUAGUUUCGUGUCUGCUGUGCAUCAACUGGCUGGGAAACCACGAGCCAACAGCCGACCACUGUGCAUCCUAUCCGUACGGGGAGAACGGCAUCAAUGUAGACGUAGUGGAGACGAGGGUGAUCCUCGGGGUGCUUGCCUUCUUGGAGGUGAUUCAACUCAUCAAUUUGGCGACCACCAACUGGUUCAAGAUGUUGCUGGUUUCAAUCUAUGUGAAACAAGACUCGAUUCUACAAAGCAGCAGCGACAGCCACAUUGCUGUGAGGAUCAGGAUGUUCAUACAGAUGAUGUGCUUGAGAUUGAUCAAGAUCGUCGAGGCGGUGAAUCACUCGUUUAGGGUUCUCUCUCUCUGGCGACCAUGGACGAGGACUCUUCGCCAGUACUCCCUGCUCGAGUCCCACAGAUAUGGUCGUCACAGGAGCAUAGGGGGCCGUCUUCUUGGUUUACUGCUGCGCGGCCUGAUAGACAAGCCUAGGCAGGGCCUGGAGCCAGCGAAGUUCGUGCCGCUGUGUCCAGAGAUUAAGCGGGCGGUGGUCGGCCGCCUGAGGGGCAGCUGGCCGCACCUGAGGAGGGGCGAGUUUUCGCUGCUGCAGAACAGCGACCGCCACGAGCUUUCGUGGGCAUGCGUUAAUCUGGAGACCUGCAUCCACACGAUCCUAGUCUGGCACGUCGCCACCACUUUGUGCGAGCCUCCGCCGCCGGUGCGGCCCUGGUGGAGGGCCGUGUGUCCGGGCGAGCAGCGACUGCUGAAGCGGAAGGCCUACGCCGAAGGAGCCUUCUAUGGUACCCACCAACUCGUCGCCACGCAGUUGUCCAAAUACUGCGCCUACCUCGUCGCCUUCGCGCCGGAACUAUUGCCGGGGAAUCCGUAUCUCACCGGAACAAUCUUCGACGAUGCGGUCAAGGAUGCAGGCGUUCGUUUGGGGAAGUUCAGGACGCUGCGGCAGAGGCACGAGAGAGCGAGAGCGCUCGCCGGAGAAUGCAGGGAGGAAGAGGCGGCGGCUUCUGGAUCCGUCAUCUGCUUGGGUUCCAUUUUGGCGAAUCAACUGGAGAUGAUGGAAGAGGGAAGGAAGUGGAAGAUAUUGGCGGAUUUUUGGACGGAGUUGAUCUUGCUCGUUGCGCCGUCCGGCCAAUCUUGGGCUCAUGUUAAGUACUUGACAAGUGGAGGGGAAUUCAUAACGCACCUGUGGGCCUUGCUUUACCACUCCGGCAUAUCCAACGACAGCUCAAAUUGUUUAAGCGAAUACUGA